AUGGCGGACAAGCCGAGCCGGGCGCUGGUGCUCUACGCCGCCGGCCACGCGGCGCUGCUCGCCGGGGGCGGAGGGGGGAAGGGCCACCUCGACGCGUUCGCCUCCAUCGCCUCCUGCGGCUUCCUCUCCGUCCGCACCCCCGCCGUCAACGAGGAUGGAGGGGACAAGAACAGCGGCACGAUCCUUGAGCUGGGGCAGCUGCUCGACGUGUGCGAUGCCCUCUAUCCUGCCAAGGAUGGGGAAGUUGCCCGGGUGGAUCCGCAGGAGCUAGUAGUCCCCAAGCUAUCCGAGAGGUUCAUGGGGCUGAGAGCUGCUAUGGUCACCAAUUGCCCCGGUGUUAGCUCAUUCGCGGCGAAUCUUGGUUUCCACGUUUUCGGAACUGAAGAUUUCGCCGCGCAGUCCGGUUCAGGCAGCAGUUCUAAGGACACUAGAAUAAUCGACCGGGCGUUCACUCUGCUGGGAUUUGCAGAGGGGAACGUCCAGGACGCGUCCGAAUUCGAUCUGGUGUUUGUGCAUGCCGCAAUGGAGAGCACAGCCAGCAAGCUCGGGAAAUUGGGGAUGAAGACGGAUCUCAACCGGCUUGACAAACUGGUGGCUUCAGUCAUGGAAGCUGCGCCGGUCGGUUCAGCUGUCGCCGCCCGUAUUCAUGUGUCUGUGAUCUUGAGCUAUGGAUCUGCAACAGAAAAUAAGGAAGAGGCGUGCCUCAUCGUAAACUCUUCAACCGAAACUGAUUCCGACUUGAAGUUACUCCGUCCACGCCAGAGCUACACUAUGAAAGCAGGAAAGACGUUGGAUGAUGUCAGGAAUCAUCAUCCAAUGCUACUGGCACAGUGGCAACAAGGAGUAACACGUUCCGAUUUGGCCAAAGAGUUCUCUUUUGAGGAAUUUAUAAAGCGUGCUGGAAACUUUGCUAUGCUUGCCGAGCGCUUUCUACAUGAGGUUGCAUUUAAGCUCUGGAAAGCGCCAAAAUAUGGAGCAUAG